GGUGGGUGGGCUCGGUUGCUACGCAACGGCCAAUGGGCGGCGGGCGCGCGGCGUCCCUGGAAACGUGAGGGGAAGGGCGGGAUCCGGCGGGAUCCAGUGGGAUCACAGCUGAGAAAAAUGACAGCUGGCUCUGUCUCAGUUCCUCAGAUCAUCCCACUUCGAAUCCCACCUCCAGGAAAAGCUCAACGGGAAAUAGACACAAAUACUCUCAUAGAAAUAAAAUCAGAUACACCUGGGGCCUCUAUUUAUUACACUUUAGAUGGAAGUAAACCAGAACUCAUUUGGAAACCUGGCUAUGGGGCAUGCAACACUUUGCAGUAUCAGGGUCCUAUCACAUUACCAGCAGGGAAAAUAAUGGUCAAGGCCCUGGCAGUUACAGAGGACUACAGGGAGAGUUCAAUUGUGACAAAGGUGUUUGUGGUAGAGUACCAGCAACCAAACAUCCUUUUCCCUGCAGAAGAUGAUGACAAUAAUUUCCUAAGAGACAUAGUUGCACAGAAUAAGGAAGGUGGAACAUUUACCACAAAACCUAAGAAGAAUGGACUGAAUGUGGAUAUCAAACCUGCCUGGGAUGAAACACCCCAAGACCUUCGAGACAGAAAGCCUUCUCACAGGUCCCUUCAAGGACCUCAGCUCUUUGCCAGUUGUUUAGGAGCCACAGAGUACAGAGAGGAAUCCAACUCAGCACAACCAGUGGAGUCAUUGCAGUUUGCAAGUUCCUCUGCAGUGAAUAGCCAGAAAAGCUUAGCAAGCACACAGGUAUCAAGGAUCCAGAGCAAAACAGAUUUCCUUAAAUGUGCACAUUGUUCUGCCCCUCGCCUGUCCGAGCCCUUGGCUCACUUCUGCCAGAAAUGUGGAUCUCCUGUCCCCCCUGUGCCAGUCCAGCGCUUCCCAGUCCCUGAAGGGACACAGAUGGCACCAUGCCUUGAAUGCAGACAUCUUGUGCCAAUGAAUACACCCACUUGCAUUAUCUGUGAGUCACCAAUAGCUCCACAGCUGCAGCCCCAAAACAACAUCUGCAUAAAGGGCAAAGUCAUUUGUCAGGUGUGUGGCACAGGAAAUCCCCUUCACCAUAAACACUGUGCGACUUGUGAGAGCAAACUGCCUGAAGUACAGAUGCCCGUGUUUGGAGGAGACUCCUGCCUGACUCUCCAGGGCCAGCAAAGGAAGACAGCUCAGUGCUCAAAAUGCAACGGCGUGAACCAGAGCAACGCCCGCUUCUGUGCUUGGUGUGGGGCCAAGCCUGGACCUCCUCCAUCCUACUUUACUUGUUCCAAGUGUGGUACCAGCAACCAGCCGUAUGCUCGCUUCUGCGUGUCUUGUGGUGUCUACAUAGAGCCCCCAUCCAGACAGAGCUCUCCUGGCAGUCCCAUGGAUCGUGGGGACUCACUGGGAUGGUCUGAGAUAAAACGACUACAGGCUCAAGCCUGGCAACCUUGUCCUGUUUCCUUACCCAAAUCAAGAGCAGAACUAACAGAAAGAAAAGAUAAAGGAACCCAAACCAUUGGACUUUUUUACCCAUCCAGCAAACUGUUGGAAAAGAAGGCGCUUGAGCUGAUUUCACAAAAAGAAAAGAUGAAAAAGAUGAGUGAUCAUAAGCCUCUCCUGACAGCCAUUAGUCCCGGAAAAGGUUACUGGAGAAAACAGCUGGAUCAUGUUUGUGCUCAUGUUAGAAGCUAUGCCCAGAACAGCCCUGCAUUCAGAACACUGAUUGGAGAACCUCAAAUGGGAAAGAUUAAUUAUGCUACCAUCUCUGAAGAUGACUAUGAAGUCACUAUUACAUUGAAUUUUGCUGCUAUAAACAAGGAUAUUCAUCGUAACAGAGCAGUGAAGUGCAGUAAUGAUUACCUGAGUGCUGGAGCAGAAGUCACAGAUGGACAGGAUGGCAGUCAGACUAAUUUUGGCAGAGAUGAUCAUAACCUUUUCUAUUCAAGAGACAAAAUAAAGAGAACCAAGUCAAGAACACUCAUGGGACAGGGAUAUAAGCUCUCUCCAGAGUCCAGACAGCUGCUGGAUGAACUGGGUCAAAGUGGGAAAGGAAGAAUCACCUUCAUAGAACAAUUACUCAGUGAUGGAGCUGACCCCAACUCCCUCAGCGAGGAGGAGCGCCCUGCCCUCACAGUUGCUGUCCUGAACAAGCACCCAGGAGCCAUCUCCCCUCUGGUGCAGCAAGGGGCUGACAUUGACCAGCAGUCAGGGCCACACAACAACACAGCUCUCCAUGAGGCAGUUCUGCUGGGACUGGAGGGAGAGGAGUGCAUCCGAGCCCUGUUAUGCUGCAAUGCAAGCGUGCAAAAGAAGAAUACAGCAGGGCACUCAGCACUGGAUUUGGCUGUUGCAGCUGGAGAUAAUAAGGUUAUUUCACUGUUCCAAGUAAGUCUGGAUAGAGAACAUUGAACAAACUUAUAAGACACAGGAACAUUGUUCUCAUCAGUGUGUUAUUACAACAAACUUUUUCCCAAAUAAAGCUGAAGGUUCUUUACUUUAGGAGCACCUGAUCACGUGUCCAGUUCUGUCUGCAGAAUCCAUUACCCUGUGUGAUCGCCUUGGGCCUUGUAACAGUUAAAUAUUUUCUCCAAGAUUGCCCCAUUCCUUUCUGGCAGUUCAGAGCACAAUUCCCCUCUGACUGCACUCUAUUCUGCAAAUUUUCUUUUCCUUUCCAAACAAAGGAACAAACCAAACCUUCCCAGGCACAAAUAAAUUUCAAUAUCUCUGAAGUUACUAUAAUGCCUGACAGAUACUGCUUAUGAGAGUCUGACACUUGAGCAACAACACUGCAAGCUGUAAUUGAUG